UACCAAAAUCCCAUUUUCCUCACUAGAGCAAAUUAAAAAUGAAGCAUUUGUCUUUAAUUAUAGCAAUGUGGGCUGCCGCAGCGGCGGCGGUCGUGAGCGGCGCUGCCACCCCGGGCUGCUCGUCGCUGGUGUUCGGCAUGGUGGACUGCAUGGGAUUCCUAGCGGUGGGCGGCCCAGAAACGGCCCCACGCGCCGCGUGUUGCGCUGGGUUUUGGAAUUUGGUGCAAACGAAUGCUGACUGUGUGUGUGAUGCGUUGGCUACCGCGGCCAACAUGGGCGUCGUUGUCGACAUAUCUAGGGCUCGUGAUUUGCCGGUGUAUUGUGGUGUUGCUACACCUGCUGUCACUAACUGCAAUGUUGCUAACACGCCAAAUGGAUCUCCAGAAGCUGCUCCCCUUCUUCCGCCGGCGUCCGCCAUCUCAGAGCCACCGUCUCCCACCUCUGACGCGCCGGCCAGUGCACCGGCUCCAGCACCUUCUAGUUCGAGCUCUGCGGGCCCGGCCAUCUUUUUUAGCUUUAUUUUCUUUGCCUCGGCCUUGCCCUUUAUUAUCGGAAACUUUUGAUUUUUGCAAAAUUUUCCACUCUUCUAUGAGUAAUCUUUUUUAGCUUUAUUUUUGAAGUUUGAUUUGUUGAGAUAAUUAGUUGGCAUAAAUGGCGUUAUUUGUUUCUUAAAAUUAGUCAUAUGAUUCAAAUUGU